CGCCGCCGCAGCCCCUCCUCCUCGCCGUGCGUCGUAUCCCUCCGCGCGCCGGCACCGCGCAGAGAAAGCGCCUUUCAGCCGCCUUCCCGCCCACCCCGCCGACAUCUUCUGCCACAGCCCGCCCGCCUUGCCGCUAAUAAACGCCUAGCGCUCGCCCCUCUCUCCCCUCCAGCGCCGGACAGCGCCGGGGGCCGCCGCGGCAGCAGGGCGGCAGCCGGCGGCAGGGGAGCCCGGCUCCCCGUUCUUCCCCGCCUGGCCGCCCCCGCCAGGCAGCGCCGGGCCCGGGGGGGCGCGGGGGAAGGGGCGGCGCGCGGGGCCGCGGGGCUGAGGAGGGGGCGCGGAGGAGGAGGGGACUCUUUCUCCGGGCGGAGGGAUCGCGCUCGCUCGCGCUGGCUGGCGGCGGCGGCGGCGGCGGCGUUGGCGGCAGGCGGCUGCGAGUUGUUGUUUCCUCCUCCUCCUGCUGCUGCUGCUGCUGCCCGUGGGUUGAAUGGUGGAGCCGAGACUCUCCCCGCUGAACGAGCAGUGACAGCGACCGGGCGGGCGCAUUUCGCUGGGACCCGACGCUGCCGCGGGAGCGCGGCCCGGGCAACCCCCCUUCUCCCCCUUUCCCCCCCUCCCCUCCCCGGUUUUCGCCUCGCCAUGUCCGGGGACGGCGGCAGCCGGCACACGGCGGAGCUGCGAGCGGAGCUCUACUUCCUCAUCGCUCGCUUUUUGGAGGACGGACCGUGCCAGCAAGCGGCUCAGGUCCUGAUCCGAGAAGUGGCGGAGAAAGAGCUGCUGCCCAAGCGCACGGACUGGACGGGCAAGGAGCAUCCCCGGAGCUACGAGAACCUGGUGAAAUACUACAGACACUUGGCACCUGAUCACUUGCUUCAAAUAUGCCAUCGACUUGGACCACUUCUAGAGCAAGAAAUUCCACAAAGUGUCCCUGGAGUGCAGACAUUAUUAGGGGCUGGCAGACAGUCUUUGCUUCGUACAAACAAAAGUUGCAAACAUGUUGUAUGGAAGGGAUCUGCUCUUGCUGCACUACAUUGUGGAAGGCCUCCAGAGUCCCCUGUAAAUUAUGGCAGUCCACCUAGUAUAGUGGAUACCCUGUUUUCAAGAAAACUAAAUGGAAAAUACAGACUUGAACGCCUUGUUCCAACUGCUGUCUAUCAACAUAUGAAGAUGCACAAGCGAAUUUUAGGACACUUGUCUUCUGUAUACUGUGUAACUUUUGAUCGGACUGGCAGACGAAUAUUUACUGGAUCAGAUGAUUGCCUUGUAAAAAUCUGGGCAACUGAUGAUGGAAGGUUGUUGGCCACCCUGAGAGGGCAUGCAGCUGAAAUAUCUGAUAUGGCAGUAAACUAUGAAAACACCAUGAUAGCUGCUGGAAGCUGCGAUAAAAUGAUCCGAGUUUGGUGCCUUCGAACUUGUGCACCAUUAGCAGUCCUGCAGGGCCACAGUGCAUCUAUAACGUCAUUGCAGUUCUCUCCACUAUGCAGUGGCUCAAAGAGAUAUUUAUCUUCAACCGGGGCAGAUGGAACUAUAUGCUUUUGGCUGUGGGAUGCUGGCACCCUUAAAAUAAAUCCAAGGCCAACGAAGUUUACAGAACGUCCUCGGCCUGGAGUCCAAAUGAUCUGUUCUUCUUUUAGUGCUGGUGGAAUGUUUUUGGCCACUGGGAGUACAGAUCACAUCAUUAGGGUUUAUUUCUUUGGAUCAGGUCAGCCAGAGAAGAUAUCAGAGUUGGAGUUUCAUACUGACAAAGUUGACAGCAUUCAGUUUUCCAAUAGUAGUAGCAGAUUUGUAAGUGGAAGCCGUGAUGGAACAGCACGAAUAUGGCAAUUUAAGCGAAGAGAAUGGAAAAGUAUUUUGUUAGAUAUGGCUACUCGCCCAGCAGGACAAAGUUUUCAAGGAGUGGAAGAUAAAAUCACAAAGCUGAAAGUGACCAUGGUGGCAUGGGACCGCCAUGACAACUCUGUUAUAACUGCAGUUAAUAACAUGACUCUGAAAGUCUGGAAUUCUUUCACUGGCCAGCUCAUUCACAUUCUCAUGGGACAUGAAGAUGAAGUGUUUGUGCUUGAACCUCAUCCAUUUGAUCCAAGAGUUCUCUUCUCUGCUGGACAUGAUGGAAAUGUCAUAGUUUGGGAUUUGGCAAGAGGGGUCAAAAUCCGGUCUUACUUCAACAUGAUUGAAGGACAAGGACAUGGUGCAGUUUUUGACUGCAAGUGCUCUCCUGAUGGACAGCAUUUUGCAUGUACUGACUCUCACGGUCACCUUCUGAUUUUUGGCUUUGGUUCCAGUAGCAAAUAUGACAAGAUAGCAGAUCAGAUGUUCUUUCAUAGUGAUUAUCGGCCCCUUAUCCGUGAUGCCAACAACUUUGUCCUGGACGAACAGACACAGCAGGCUCCACACCUUAUGCCUCCCCCAUUUUUGGUUGAUGUGGAUGGCAACCCUCAUCCUGCAAGGUAUCAAAGACUAGUUCCUGGUCGUGAGAACUGCAGGGAGGAACAGCUUAUUCCUCAGAUGGGAGUGACAUCUUCAGGAUUGAAUCAAGUUCUUAGUCAGCAAGUAAAUCAAGAAAUUAGUCCGUUGGAUAGCAUGAUUCAAAGACUUCAGCAAGAGCAGGACCAGAGACGUUCUGGGGAGGCAGGAACCAGUAGUACCAGCCGGAUAAGCAGAGGAUCUGUAAGCUCUACCUCAGAAGUACAUUCCCCACCAAAUAUAGGGUUAAGGCGCAGUGGACAAAUUGAAGGUGUGCGUCAGAUGCACAGCAAUGCACCAAGAAGUGAAAUAGCCACUGAGCGGGACCUUGUGGCUUGGAGUCGCAGGGUUGUAGUGCCUGAACUGUCUUCUGGUGUGGCCAGUAGGCAGGAAGAAUGGAGAACAGCAAAGGGAGAAGAAGAAAUAAGAGUGUAUCGAUCAGAAGAGAAAAGAAAGCAUGUAAUUAGUCACAUUCCAAGAGAAAACAAAAUACCUACUUUCUCUAAGAACCAUUCUCAUGAUAAUUUACUAGAUGCUAGUGACUCAAAGAAACAAGCAGCUAAUCAGCACAACUACCGUACGAGAUAUGCUGCAGAAGAAACUGCAAGGCCUGCUGAAGAGUUGGAAAAUGGACACAGUUCUUCAGAUGAAGGGGAAGUAGUUGUUGCCAGUGGUGGAACAUCAGAAGAUGACGAAAGAGCAUGGCAUAGUGACGGCAGUUCUAGUGACUAUUCUAGUGAUUAUUCUGACUGGACGGCAGAUGCAGGAAUCAAUUUGCAACCACCAAAGAAAAUUCCUAAAAUUAAAACAAAGAAAGCAGAAAGUAGUUCAGAGGAUGAAGAAGGACCUGAAAAACAAAGGAAGCAAAUUAAAAAGGAAAGGAAAAAGGGUAUUGAGGAGAAAGAUGGUCCAUCAACAUCACCAAAGAAGAGGAAACCCAAAGAGAGAAAACAAAAGAGGCUGGCUGUGGGAGUUCUGGCAGAAAAUGGUUUGACACUGGAAGAAUGGCUGCCUUCAGCAUGGAUUACAGACACUGUUCCUCGGAGGUGCCCAUUUGUCCCACAGAUGGGGGAUGAGGUUUACUAUUUCCGACAAGGUCAUGAAGCAUACGUUGUAAUGGCUAAGAAGAACAAAAUAUAUAAUAUUAAUCCCAAGAAACAGCCGUGGCAUAAAAUGGAAUUGCGGGAGCAAGAGCUGAUGAAAAUAGUUGGGAUUAAGUAUGAAGUGGGAUUGCCUACUCUCUGCUGUCUUAAACUAGCUUUUCUUGACCCUGAUACGGGUAAACUGACUGGAGGAGCCUUCACCAUGAAGUACCAUGAUAUGCCAGAUGUCAUAGAUUUCCUGGUUUUGAGACAACAAUUUGAUGAUGCAAAGCAUAGACGAUGGAAUAUAGGUGAUCGUUUCAGAUCAGUGAUAGAUGAUGCUUGGUGGUUUGGAACAAUUGAAAGCCAGGAACCUCUUCAGCCUGAUUAUCCUGACAGCUUAUUUCAGUGCUACAAUGUCUGCUGGGACAAUGGUGAUACUGAGAAGAUGAGCCCUUGGGACAUGGAGCUGAUACCAAGUAAUGCUGUAUUUCCAGAAGAACUGGGAACUAGUGUUCCUUUAACUGAUGAUGAACGUAGAACGCUGCUCUACAAACCUUUGGAUGGAGAGUGGGGUUCCAGGACCCGAGAGGAGGAGUGUGACAGAAUUAUUGCAGGGAUAAACCAACUAAUGACUCUAGAUAUUGCUUCUGCAUUUGUGGCACCAGUGGAUCUUCAAGCUUACCCAAUGUAUUGCACUGUUGUGGCAUAUCCCACAGACCUCAGUACCAUUAAGCAAAGACUGGAAAGCAGAUUUUACAGGCGCCUUUCUUCGUUAAUGUGGGAAGUGCGGUACAUCGAACACAAUACUCGCACGUUUAAUGAACCCGGAAGUCCUAUUGUCAAAGCUGCCAAAUUUGUCACAGAUCUUCUGCUACACUUCAUAAAAGACCAGAGCUGCUAUGAUAUAAUUCCAUUAUACAAUGCAAUGAAGAAGAAAGUGUUGUCUGACUCUGAUGAGGAAGAAGAGAAAGACACAAAUGUACCGGGGACUUCCACUAGAAAAAGAAAGGAUCAUCAGCCGAAGCGGAGGCUGCGUAAUAGGGCUCAGUCAUAUGAUAUUCAGUCAUGGAAGAAGCAAUGCCAGGAGCUGCUGAAUCUCAUUUUUCAGUGUGAAGACUCCGAACCGUUUCGACAACCAGUGGAUCUUCUUGAGUAUCCAGAUUAUAGGGACAUUAUUGACACUCCUAUGGACUUUGCUACUGUUAGAGAAACACUGGAAGCUGGCAACUACGAGUCACCAAUGGAGUUAUGUAAAGAUGUGAGACUUAUUUUCAGUAAUUCCAAGGCCUAUACACCAAGUAAAAGAUCAAGGAUCUACAGCAUGAGCUUGCGCCUUUCUGCUUUCUUUGAAGAACACAUAAGUUCUAUUUUAUCAGAUUAUAAAUCUGCCCUACGCUUUCAUAAAAGAAAUACAAUAAAGAAACGAAGGAAAAAAAGAAGUAGAAGCAGCUCAGUUUCCAGUAGUGUUGCAUCCAGCCCUGAAAGGAAGAGGAGAUUAAUAAAACCUCAGCUGAAGGCAGAAACCUCUGGCACUUCAUCAUCUUCUGCACCUGCACGGUCAACAGCACUGAGACACGCUUCACCUCAGAUGAAUGGGAAAGCUGUUGAGGCCUCCUCCCUUGUGCGGACUCGAAGCAAUAGGGGGACAACAGAUGUGGCUGUUACAGAGCAACCUUCUACUUCUUCAGGAGCAAAGCCUUUAACUAUAAAGCCUUUAAUUACAAAACCUAAUACUACUGCAGGGUCAGGAAAGUCAGUACUGGAGAAUUCAACCAAACAUUCCAAGAACCAGAAUAUUGUAUCAAAUCCUACCCCACCUGAUUACAGUCAUAACACUAGGAAUAACUCCACAAGAGAAAAUCCAGAGAAAGAGAAGCCAAUCAAGCGCAAAGUAAAAUCUUCCACUGUUAAUCCACAAGCAGAUUGCAAGAAUAAUGCUUUGGCAUCAGGAAGCAUUCAGGUAAAUGGACAUGGAGGACAGCCUUUGAAACCUCCAGUUAAAAGAGGUCCUGGACGGAAACCCAAGGUGGAGACUAAUAACAGUAGCUGUGAAGUGGUGGUGCACAAGAAAAGAGGGAGGAAACCAAAAAAGCUACAAAUUGUUGAACAGCAGAAGGUUGCAGAGCAGAAUACAAUCCAGACCACAAGGGAUGUACCAGAGGAAGCCUCUGUUUCUACUGCAUGCAAUUCUCUUUCUGAAAAUAAUGUGAAGGAAGACUUGUUACAAAAAAAAGGCCGAGGGGGUAGAAAGCCAAAAAGGAAGAUCAAGAGCCGCCAGCCAGGCUCAGACCUCUUAGUUCCUGCAAAUGUUAAAAUGCAAACAAGAAGCAGGAGGAAAAAGACACAUGAGCCUAUGGAGGAGAGUUCUGAAGAGCUUAAAGAUUCUGAACCUCACAUGAGAACUAGAAACCAGGGUAGGAGGACAGCCUUUUACAAUGAAGAUGACUCUGAGGAAGAGCAAAGGCAGCUAUUGUUUGAAGACACCUCCUUAACUUUUGGAACUUCAAGCAGAGGCAGAGUCCGAAAAUUGACUGAAAAAGCAAAAGCUAAUUUAAUUGGUUGGUAAUUUAAGGGUUUUACUUCAGAAUGCUAUGAAGCAGGUACAGUUAAGGAACAGCAGAACAGACUUCUGCUUCCCUGCUGCUAUUAUGGGUUAGAAGAGUAUGUUCUGAUUUGGGGAGAAAAAUUUAGCAAAAUGAUAAACUGAAAGAAGAUUCUUUGAAAGAAAUAUAUAUUUUAAACUUUUGCUAUUUAUUGCCCUCCAAAUAGGUUAUACAUUUCAACAGUCAUUUUGUUCGCAGUUGAGAAUAAUUGAAGCAAUUUCUGACUGAUGUACAGAGUUCAGAGCUACUCUGCUCAAGUAGUAUGAAAUAUCUCUACACAAUUGAAAAAAGGUAAUAGAACUUUUAAUUGCCACAAUUUGAAAACAGAAAUCUAUUUUUGACCAAGCAAGGUACACUUUGAUUGUAAAGUCAAGUCGCCUAUGAAGGUAGACUUUGGCAAAAAGUGGCAGUAAAUUCACUUGCAUUUCUAUUAAAUAAUACAAUACCAAACUUUGCUAAUCUGAAAAUGUUUAAUUUCAGUUGUGACGGAAUGUUCAGCUGCAAAAGAAGCCUAGCAUAGGCCAUUGUUUAUCCAAGUUCUGCCAAACAUAGCAAAAAUGUAAUCACAAAUAUAUAUAUAUCCACAUUGGAAAAAGUUUGACUAACGUCUAAUUUUUCAGACCUUGAUUCUUGUAUCAAUCACUAAAUCUCUGUUUAUUGUGCCAAAGACUGAGAAUCAGUGCAGUGGAAAACCUUUUUUUCUUUUUGAGUGUCAGUACAGCAUACCAUUUGCAGUGAUAAAAGCUGUGUCUUGUUUUAAAUAGUAAGUUGUUAACAUUGUUCUGAAAUGUAUCCUUUUUUGGUACUUCUGGUAGAAAAUAAUGCACUGGUGGGGUCCUUUGACAGAGAUGUUUUAGUCUAAAUGUAUAAUUGGUUAAAGGAUUCAAGGAAAUUACAGGACAGGUAUGAAAUUAUGAUGUUUACUUUCUGAUCCAGAUUGAUUGUUGUUUCUACAACUUUAGACAUGCUUAAGAGGCUGAAAUGACCUAUAAAGAAUAGUGUAUGUGUAUAUAUUAAUAUAUACAUAAACACAUAUGUCUAAAAUAUUACCCAGGUAUAAAUUUUUUUCAGGAUUUUUUAGAUAGCACUAGAAUUGAGAAUUUUAAAAUGUCAUACUUUAUAGUUUAAUUUUAAGGGGAAGAUUGGUUAUUUUCAAUUAUUAGGGUUAAAAGGCCAAAUCACUUUUUAUGCAAUCAUGUUUUAUACAGUGGUCUCAUUGCACAUUGUGUUUUUCUGCACUUUUUACGGUAUAUCACGCUGACAUAUGUCAAUAUACACCCUAAAGAAAAAUUCCAUUUAAUGAUUGUGCCUUGUAUUCUAUUAUUUCUUGCAUCCUUACUAAAAUUAAGUUGUCUAUUGUAAAUGAUAACUAUAUGACUUAGGGGAAUGUAUUGUUAUAUGUACUGCUCUGGAAAAGAAAAGCAGUUAUUUAUUUGUUUAUGGUACCUUUAGUUAUUUUAUACCUUUACAAACAAACCUUAAUACCAUUUUCUAUCACUUAAAGUAUUGUCCAGUUUCAAUGAAAAAAAUACAUAAGUAGUGGUAUUUACUGAGAUCUGGUAUGGUACAAAAAUGUAACCAAAAUUUUCUGGUUAUACUUUCUUUUUUUUGCUUUUACACAUCAUCUGCGAUGUCUGGAAGGGAAGACAUGCAGAAUUAAGAUCUUAAAUUUGCACACUAUCUGUAUAUGUAUUUGAGGCCUGAUUCUUCACUCUUUAUUUUCUUACAAAAAAAAACCCUAAAAGUUUGAACAAAGAAUAUUGGUAUUUGCCACCAAGAGUAAUGGAAAUAUGCUACUGUGGAUAGCAGAUUAGUAUCCACCAUACCUAGUUUUAGAUAGUUCAUUUUGCUACAAAAAAUGGCUGAGAUAUUUUCCAGAUCCUCUUUGAAUUGUUAUGGAUUUGAACUUUGGGGCCAGGAAUUAGUUUGCAUUUGAUUUACCAUCCAAUUAAAAUAGAGUCACUAAACGUGGUAAGAUAACAGCUACAUUCGUACAGUUGCAAUACAGCUUCACAAUUCAAAACUGAUUGAUUCUACUUGUUAAUUUUGUCAGAUUUCACUGAUGAAGGCAAUCAUUUGAAAAUGUGUAAUUUCCUGAUGUUAUCUGCAUUGUAAUAUAUGAAAUAGAAUAUAUCUAAAGUUCAUCUUCUGUAUUUACUCAGUUUGUAAUAAUGUUUUAUAUGGCAUGUUUAUGUAUAUAUUUAUAUAUCAAAAAUACCUUGUGUGUAAGUUUUGGAGACUGAAAUAAUCUGCGUUCCCUUAACAGUAGGCAGAGGAUUGUACAUCUUAAUUUUAUGAGAAUAGAAGGCCUUACCUGCAGAACAUGGGUACUGCUUCCCACCCAGUAAUAUCGGUGACUUUAGCCAGUAAGUUUUUGAUUCUUAUUAGACACAUUAAUGUUUUUCCUUUAAAAAUAAACUGUGGAUAAUUUGGGUCAAUUUUUUUAUACGAGCAACGCUAGAAAUUUAUUAGAAAUUAAUACCAGAUUUAUUUAAAAGUAAUAUUUUUUAUAAUUUAAUUCCACUAGGUUGCAAACUUUAUUUAUGAAGCUUUAGUCGCCAUCAGACUAUUUUGGCUGGGGAAAGAUUUCUUUUUUGAGGUGGUUGUGUGAUACUGUAUCAAUACAGAAAAAGAGCUUUUGAUUACAGAGUCUUAGGUUUUUAAAUGUGAGCAAUAAACUAUUGGUCAGUGUUCUGAAAUAAUUUAAGAACUAUAGCUAUAUGCAUGUUUUAUAAUGCCAUCUUAAGUACUUAACAACUGGUUCAGAAAAUGGAGUGUUGAAACUUCAUGUGCUUGUUUUGCAUUUGCAUUGUAAAUAACAUAGCUUCAUAGUCACAUACAUGCAAAUGAUCUGGCAGCAAUUAACUCAGUUUUAUUCAUUAAAUUCAUUUAUAUUUGACAUGGAUAUGAGGAUACUGUUCUGGUAUUUCUGCGCUAUACUGGGAAACGUUAAAAUUGGUAUUUGCUGCUGAGAGGUAUCUCAAUAACAGUGUGUUCUUUAACUACCAAUGAGGAAAUACUUCUGCUUCUGUCAUGAGCGUGCUCUAAAUGUUUAACAGGAAUCACUGUACCUGUGCCUACAUACUUAACAACUCUUUAGCCACUUUGUUUCUGUUGUGUGUUCUCUGGGAACGGAACUGAAAUUUUGCCACUGUAAUGUUCAUUAUUAUUGUCAAUAUUGAACUAGAGCUCUUUGUCAUUCAGCAAUGACCAGUGAUAAAACUUUACAGAGAAAUGUCUUCCUCCAGUGAUUCGACUGCUGUGAUAAAGAUUUACAGAUGUUUAUUUGUACAGUGUCUGGUUUGUACCUGUGAUCAGUUUAUUGAUAGACUUGUAAGGUUGAGUUGGUUGAGUUAAAUAUUACUAUGGCUUAAUAUUUGUAAAACUAUUAAUUGAUAAAGGACCCUGAUGCAGCACGUAUAGAUAUUAAUAUCUAUUAAAAAAUAAAUUGUAGUAUAGAGACAGCUUAUUCACUGUAUUGCUGUACAAAUAUUUCUAAGUACCAAUUCUGUGCCAGAGGCUUUUGUCUUACCAAAAAAUGGACUACAUGCAACUGUCCAUUCAGUAACUUCAAGCUUGUUACAGUUUUUACACUGUAUUUCAAAAUAUUUUGCUCACAUUUGUUGGAUCGAGGACUACAAGUAAAUGCUUUAGCUUGUAAUUUGAAUUUAGACACGUUAAAUAGUUGACUGGUUCUAUAAAAGCAAUAGGCUUAACUGGAUGGGACCCUUUCACCCUGUAUUUAUAUAGUAAAUUGGAGGUUAGAGGUUUUUAAGCCCACUUUCUUCAACAUUCACAUUUUAUUUGUAGUAUGUGAAUCUUGCUGAGGUAAUUUUAACAUCACUGGUCAAUCAAAAUAUAGCCAUAGCACAAUAUUUAUAUUUUGUCACAAGUCCUUACCUUAUUCUGAAAUAGUAUAUUUUGUCCACAGCUGAUUGUCAAAGAUUUUUCUUUUUGCCUUUUUUUUAAACAGUGUUUUAAAAGAUUUAAUUAUAACUCUGCUACAGUGCUGUGAUAGUGAAGGUAGAGGGUUUUGAAACCUCACCUAGAAACAGCAAAAGCUCAUUUUCUGUUUAUGACCUAAAUGAAGACAAAUGAACUGUGUAAAAUGAGUAUAUAUUUUCUUUUAUCCCUCAAGUUCUUGUAACAGAUUGGUUUCCAAGGGGACCUAGAUAUUCAACUGAUAAAAGGGCUGUUAGUUUUCUGCUGUAAAUUACUGUAUAUACAUGUUUGUUGGUAUGCAGAGGAAAGUGUAUUACAUUUCAUAAAACUGGCCAAGGCUUGACAAUAUGUUUCAAAUAACAAAUCUAGCAUUGACAGCUUACAUAGCUUCUUGUUUUUGAAUUGUGAAUACAGCUUUCUCACUUUCUAUGAUGUCUGGGGGAAAACAGCAGGUAGCUUUUAAACCAGAGCUAACCUCCAGGUGCUCUUGUGUUUCUGCUGGUUUUAAUGCAGGAAUUCGCCAUGUCAUUUUUACAGUGUGUUAGAGGAGGAUGCAUGCCAGGGAGCCAGAUGAAAAGACAUCUUAAAUUGCAGAAAAAGGUGAUUAGCUGCUUCCCCCUCACCUCUCCCCCCUUUCCCAAGGUUCUAACAGCCUCAAGGCACUCUAGAGAGAAACCUUAUAUGCUGCAAUAAAAUAAGAGUGAAUAAAUUUAGCUUUUAGGAGGUACGUAGUGAGACAAGUAGUCAUUUGGAUCCUUUUUAAUGCAGAUAAAUACAUCAGGAAAUUCACUUCAAAUAAUGCAAACAAUACAUUUUAGAGAGGGAAAGUAGUACUAUACUGUUAAUUUCUACACUGAAAAAACAAGGAAUGAGGUCACACAAAUUAGGAGUAGAAAGAAAUAGAAGUACCUAUCAUGUACUGUGUGAUGUACAUGUACUGUUUUGUGCUUACAAGUGCCCGGGUUGGUUUGUUAAUGCAUUGAGACCAUACAGAAGUUACAUUUUUGGACCAUACUAAAACUGCAGAAGUGUGGUGUACAACUGGAUAAUGAUCAUGGGUGAAUUAAAUUCUGUCAUAAGGUUUCCAUAUGUAUAGAAUGGAGCUCAACUUCAAGUAAAUUACCUAGAAAGGUUAAUUUUAAAACUGACAGAUUUUCAGAUUAAAAAUUACACUUAUUUUGUACAGAAUUAUGUAAAACACAAAUCUGUUGUAUGUAAUGAGUAACAGUUUUGAAAACUAUAAUUCUUUAGCUUUAUCAAGGCUUUUUUCCUUCCAGAAAUCUAGAUUAUCAUGUUAUAACCUGAAGUAUCUCACCAGGAUAACAGUGCCCUUUAAUUUUGUACAUAUGGAUUGGAAAUUUCUUUACUGUUAUGUGGACACUUUCUAUGUUAGUUUUGAUGCAUAAUACUUUGAAUCCUUUUAUACAAACUAGAAUGUAUGUGUAAGAAUUACUGUCACUGCAAUGUAGUAACUACAAACUUAUUUUUAAAUAAAUAGAAAACAUGUUUUUCUAA